AUGGAGAACAGUGCCCCCACCGAAGGGAAAGACCCCUCAGUCUUUCUGAGUGAGAUCAUCGGCGCGCCUGUGAUCGUGAAAUUGAACUCCGGCGUUGUCUACAAGGGCGAACUGCAAUCGGUUGACGGAUACAUGAACAUUGCCCUCGAAAAGGCCGAGGAAUUCGUGAACGGAAAACUGCGACGAAACUACGGCGAUGCUUUCGUUCGAGGAAACAAUGGUAGGUCUAUCCUUUUUUCGCCGGUUUGA